CAACAUAGCCAAGAUAAAAAUGCUGUCUUCACCAGCUUUUACUGUAGCAAGUACUACUCUUGGUCGUCGUCUUCAUGCGAAGAGACUAGCUUCUUCUGGUCGAACCGCUGAUCCGGAGAUUCAUGCUCGUAACGAUGGAGACGAGCCUGGUCUUUUUCCAUCAGACCCCGAAGGUUUGGAUGAUGUAGCGAAUCCGAAGACUCCAGCCGAUGAGGAUGUACCGGAUAUUCGACCACCCGGUUUUGUAAAGGAACCGCUCACGCCGCCGAAAAAUCCACGAGACACUUCACACAAGCUUGAAUCUACUCCUGUUGGUCUACCUGCAGAUCUCAAUUUCCAACAAAAACGAAACUAGCUAAUAGCAGCAAACGCCUUAGCCCCCUUGGCCUUCUAGAUAAUUUAUAGUAAACUGAACGCAUGAAAUUAAUGCUUACAUUUAAAGUAGCUUUGAUAAUAAAAUUUAUACUCUUUCUACUUUCUUGGGAUUAAAGAAACUAAUUUACUCUAUUUUUGAAAUGAGUUGAGUCUUCGUAAUUGAGUUUAUGUGAUCUACGAGAUUAUGCACAGAAGAUUUGAUUCCAGGAUAAAUGAUAAAUCGAUGA